UUCCCGGGGGUGCUCACCCAGCAGCUGUCACGCCAAGGCCAUUCGGAACCUCGUACAAGAGUACCUGUGCCGAGGCAGCCACACGGCCGCCCGAGCCCGCCCCGCGCAGCGCCGAGCGGAGGCGGCUCUGCCCACCGCGGAAGUGCUGGGCGCCGCCCCGGCAGACUGCGGGUGCCCGCUCCGCUGCCGCGGCGGAACUUUUCGGGACCAUGGUGCAGCUUUACAAUCUGCACCCGUUCGGGUCGCAGCGAGUAGUGCCUUGCAAGCAAGAACCGGCGCACUUCUGCUGCGGCCAAGACGUGCUGUUCGUGGCCAGCACGGCGGCCAGCUGCAGGGUGGACGUGUUCACCGUGCGCGAACAGGGCCGCUGCGAGGCCCUGGGCUCCUUCGCCACACUGGGUCCGGUGCUGCGCAUGGCGCACAGCUCGGCAGGAGACUAUCUGGUGACAAUUGAAGAAAAAAGCAAAGCAACUUUCCUGAGAGCAUAUAUGAACUGGAGAUGCAUGUCUGCAGGGAGUUCUCGCGUGUGUGUCCGGAUGGUUGGUCACAAGAUGGAAGAGUCAUACACUGAAGCCUUAAAAGAACAAAUGUCAGUUGUUGAAAUGCCACUUUCAGAUCCUCCACUGUGCAUUUCAUGUUGUCCUGUGAAUGGAGAUCUACUUGUGGGCUGCAAGAAUAAACUUGUCAUAUUCUGUUUGAAAUACCGUGUCAUAAACCAGAAUUUGACUGUGUUAGAUUUUGAACGCUCCUUAAUUUUGCACAUUGAUAACCUCAUUCCUGCCGAAGUUGCAUUUUGUGCCAGACAUAUAGCCAUAACAACAGAGCUGGAUGUUCUAAUCCUGAAACUGGAACUGAUCCAGCAAAGUGCAGACAGGACAGAGCAGUGUGCUCAGGGAGUCAGUGCACCAGAGAAGGCUAUGGAUGGAGGUGUGAAAGAUGAAAGUCCUUCAACACAUCCUUUACAGCUUGAAUUAGAUGAGUUCAUCAUAUGUCAGAAGCCAGUGGAACUGCUUGGGGAAGAAAGUAAGCUGUGUGAGAUACCUGUCACACUGGAAUGUACAGAGUUACCUACAGAAGACACAAAGCACUUCCAAGUGCAGUAUCUGCUUUUCAGACAUUUUGCACCUGACCAGUCGCCUUUUGGGUUUUGUGAAGAGAUGAAGUUGCACUCUGUUCAACUGCUUCCUGUGUACCAGACAGGAAUUCCUGCAACAGCCUAUGAGGAAACUGAGAACAAGAGAAAACUUCUGAGUCUCUUCUGCUUUUUCUCUUUACCUCAUGUUGGAUAUCUCUACUCUCUUGGGAAGUUAGUAGAACUAAUUUCUACUUACCAAUAUUCAGAAAAGUCAGAGCAGGCAGUCCUCACUCCACAGUUCCUACACGUCAUUACAAGUCAGAACCUGCAGUGCUUCACAGUGCGAUGCAGUGCAGCAGCAGCUCGUAGUGAGGAUCCGUAUAUUGACACGACUGUGAAGGCUUGUCCACCUGUCUCACUGGAUGUCUGUACAUUAAGAAUGCAGCUUUUUAUAGGACCAAGAGCUAUCUGUCAUUUCAAAAACCAUAUAAUUCUUUUGACUAAGGCAGACACAGAAGAUAUUACUGAAAGAAGAAAGCCUACCAGAAGGAUGCUUUCCAGAAAGACUGACCACAUCAAAUCCAGAACAAAUUCUGAGUCAGAGCCGGGUUGGAAUUUAUAUAUUAUAAACACUGUUUCAACAAUUCAGCUUUACAGAGAAAUGGUAGAAUAUAGUAGAACUUAUGAAAAUGUUAAAACUGAGAGCUGCAUCCAUCUUUUAAGUGAGGCUCACUUACUGAUCAGAGCAGCUAUAAUGGACCCUCAUUUCCUUAAAUCAGAUGAGAAGGAAGAUCUUCUGAGAGCAUUCAGAGAAAGUUGUGCCUUCUUAGGAGACUGCUACAGCAGGUUUGACACAAAGGAUUACCACCUUGCUUUGCCAUACUACAGAAUGUCAGGUUUAUCCAUGACUGAAGUUUUAAAGAGACUAGUUUCAGAAGGUGAUGAAAUACAGACAUACGAGAGAGGAUUUAUAUUUUACUUAACUCAUUCUCUUAAUGAAGACUCAAAUGAAGAAUUAAGUAAGGAAUCAGGAAAUAAAGUUCUCCAGAUACUGUAUCUUGCGGACCCAGUGCAGCUGCCUGAUAUCCUUUGCAGUCCCAGCAUGAGAAACAUAUGUCCUUUGACAGCUGUGAAGUAUCUCCAGAAAGUAGAAAAGAUUAUGCCAUCAGUGGUCCUGACACUUACUAAGGCUUUCUUUGCUCUGAAAAUGGGAGACCUGGCAAUGUAUGAACAUGAAAUGCACUCCUAUAAGGAGACAACACUGGCUUGCGGCUUCAUUGGGCAGCCACGGCUCCUGCAGCAGCGUAAGGAAGGAAUUGUUACACCAACUGAGUUUGCUGUUCACCUGAAGGAGACGCAGCCUGGUUUACUUGUGGCUGCCACUGUGGCUUUACAUGAGAACAGUAAAAUUGAACUAGAAGAAGCAGAUACCUUUUUCAAGAUGCUGUGUAAUAGCAGUGAAAACACUAUUCCCCAGCUCCUGGUGGAUUUCUGGGAAGCUCUUCUUGUAGUGUCCUCUCAGGAAAAAAUACUUCAGGAGCUCCUACUGAGGGUUACUUCUCAGUAUGUUUGGAGAAUAUCAAAGAAGCAACUUCCUGAGACUAAGCCAUUGAAAACAACAGAGGAUCUAAUAAAUUCCUGCAGUCAUUUUGGGUUCAUUGUUCCAUGGAUAGCUUCCAUAAUGUCAGUGGGAUGUUCAUCUGACAAAGAUUACCAUGAAGACAUCUCAAGACUACAGUCUCUUUUAUGCAGUCAGUCAAUCAAUAUAGCUUCAGCGCUGCCACUUUUGGAGCCCCUGACAGAGGCUGACAGCGUUGGCCUCACUGUCCGUGUUCUCUGCAAUACCCGUCUGGGCAACUACGAGGAAGCCAUUGACCAGCUGCUCGCAAGGUGUCCUGGUGCAGCUGUGAUCUACGCUCAGCAUGAGCUGAAAGGUGACACUCAGGCUCUGUGGUGGAACAAGCUGCUUCGUGAACUUUGCAAGAGAACUAGACUUACUGGAAAUGACUGCCCCAUUCUUAUUUCAUCACUCAAAGAAACUUUAUCAAUUGUUGCAAUGGAACUGGAGCUAAGGGACUUCCUCAGUCUUCUACCAGAAGAUGGAACUGCAGCAUUUUUUCUGCCACAUCUUCUUCACUGCAGCCAGAAGAAGCUGCUGACCUAAAAAAAUGACCUGUG